AUGCCUCCUACUGAGCAUAGCUACUCAACAGCUGUCUUUGUGGAGAAGUGGAAGAAGCCAGAUGUAAGCUUUGAAGUGCCCAUUAUUCUUCUAGAGUUUGAAAGACGGGCCCUCACCCUAACACCUCACCCACCAAACCUCACCCACCAACCCUCACCCUCCAAACCUCACCCACCAACCCUCACCCACCAACCCUCACCCUCCAAACCUCACCCUAACACCUCACCCACCAACCCUCACCCUCCAAACCUCACCCACCAACCCUCACCCUCCAAACCUCACCCACCAACCCUCACCCUCCAAACCUCACCCACCAACCCUCACCCUAACACCUCACCCACCAACCCUCACCCUCCAAACCUCACCCACCAACCCUCACCCACCAACCCUCACCCACCAACCCUCACCCUAACACCUCACCCUCCAAACCUCACCCACCAACCCUCACCCUCCAAACCUCACCCACCAACCCUCACCCUAACACCUCACCCACCAACCCUCACCCUCCAAACCUCACCCACCAACCCUCACCCACCAACCCUCACCCUCCAAACCUCACCCACCAACCCUCACCCUAACACCUCACCCACCAACCCUCACCCUCCAAACCUCACCCACCAACCCUCACCCUCCAAACCUCACCCACCAACCCUCACCCUCCAACCCUCACCCACCAAACCUAAGGCGGUCUUUAAUUCUAGUUCACUAGUUCUAGUUUUUCAGUGA